AUGGGAGCUUCUUUUGGCAAUCCCAGGGUCGGAUUCGGAGCCAUCGAGCACCUACUCAAUGGCAGCGCCAAAGAGGAGCGACAACGCCUGCCACCGGCAAGCGUUCCUGCUCGCCCGCUCAUGGAUGCUGCUGAAUCCAGCUUGUGUCAGGGAGUGACCUACGUACACGUGCUGGAAACCCACUCGUACUGGAUCCACAAAGACGGAGAAUACCUGCCCCAGGCCUCUCGCGAGUUCAGCCAGCGCAUGUUACCUAAGCCACCUGAAGCUAAAGAGCUCACUGUUUCGACCUCGAGUUGA